AUGCGAAGAAACAAAGACAAGACGUCUCCGUUUGUGUCAAGUGUUAAAAACAUUACAGACACGAACGACAACGAGUUGCACUUUUUGUCGGACAAACAAACCGACAAGUUCAACAAAAAGUUCCAAUUCAGCGAAUACUUGGCAAGGAAGUACAGAUGCAGCAUGAACAAUAUAUUCCACAUUGGGAAGCUAUAUAUUGGGACCCGGCAUCUGUGUUUCUUACCUUCGAAGUUUAUUGGGAAGAGCGCGACAGUGGUGAGUUGGAGCGAAUUGACUGAUGUUGUCAAAGUGUCAUCAAGAUGUAUUGAAAUACAUACAGACGACAACCACACAAUGGUUUUACUAACAAACACUAAGACAGAAAGGAUCUUUCACGACAUGGUACUCUUCUGGCAAAGGCGAAGUAUUUUCAACGAAAAGCAAAGGGAAGUGAAAGACGAGAGCUCCGAGUUAACCGAUAAAAACUCGGAAAAGAAGGAGACACAACGACUGUUCACAGAGGUCCCGGAGAUGGUGCUUACAUCUAAGAAGUUUUCAAAAGCACCAAACGACCUGUUUAUGUUGAUAUUCAGUAAUUGCGAAGUGCUCAAAACAUUCCACGAAAAAAUUGGACAAAAGGACUUCAAGUGUUCGGGUUGGAAAAAUGACUCAAAACAUGGAAAGACGAUCGAGUUGAACUACAAAGGCGUUUCGAGUGUUGUUGGUGUCGAGACUCGAGUGAACGAAAAGUGGCAGUUUGUCACAACAGAAAAGGGAAUAGAAAUUUGGAUGGUGAUUUCGGUGUUUGAUAUUCCUUACGCGAGCUACUUCAAAGUUGAAAGUGUCAUGAAACUGGAGACGUGCGAUGGUGGGUGUACAGCAACAGUGCUUCUCAGGGUCAGAUUUGUCAAGUCGACGAUUUGGAAAACAAAAAUCGAGUCUACCACAAUCAAUGAGUACGUCAGUAAAUACAAAAAUUGGAUGAAGUUCAUCGCAGCUGAACUCGGCGAUGAAAAAGCCAUCGAAGAAACUAAAAUGGAUGUUAAAGCCGAAAACGCACACAUCUCUUAUUUUUACAUCAUGUUCUUGGCUAUUAUUCUCGCUUUGAUAAUCCUAGCAGCAGUUUGGUAUUUCUUGAGAAAGUAA